AUGGAGCCCAGAUUGAAGCUGUCAAAGAAAAGCACUUCACCGGCGAUCGACGCAACUGAGUACCGCGGCUUGAUCGGGAGUCUGCGGUACCUGAUGAACACAAGGCCGGACAUGGCGUUCGCCGUGGGCUACCUGAGCAGGUUCAUGGAGGACCCAAGGCAGGAGCACAUGGCGGCCAUGAAGCACUUGCUCCGGUACGUGGCCGGCACGAUCGACUACGGCUUGGCGUACACCAGCAACGCCGAGCUCAACCUCGUCGGCUACAGCGACAGUGACAUGGCCGGCGACGUCGACGACCGGAAGAGUACGAGCGGCAUCCUCUACUUCCUCGACGGCAACCCGGUGGCGUGGCAAUCGCAGAAGCAGCGUGUGGUGGCACUGUCGUCGUGCGAAGCUGAGUACAUCGCCGAGGCGGCGGCGGCUUGCCAGGGUGUCUGGCUCCGGCGGCUGCUGCAGGACGUGGUGGGCGCCGGCGUGGCCCCGCCUCAACUCAAGAUGGAUAACUAG